CACUAGCAUAAACGUACCUUACCCAAUCCAUCUGAUUGCUUGCUCAAGACUGAGAGGCUUGGCCGUGUUAACAUUUCCCCCCUUUCUUUCUGCACAGUUCAAGAGCAACUUCCAGGUGUGUUGUCACCUCUGCCUUGCAGGGAAGUCAGGUGGUUAAUUGGUUUUCCAGAAGCAAUAAAAAUAGAGCUGGCUUACAUAGUUUCUAUUGCUUUGGCUUCUAUAGCUUUGUACAUACUCAAGGAGGGCGCAGUAGGGGAAAAGCCCGGUUUGGCUAACAGGACAAGCAGUUAUAUAUACAGUAUAUAAAAAAGAGGAACGGCUGGCUAUUGGAAAAUAAAAACAAUAAUUAGAAUCGAGGCUAACAGAGCCCAAGAAUCUCCACCGUCAACACACAGCAGCUCAAAUGCUGCAGGACUACCUUGCGCCGCAUCAUACGGCAGAACAUUUGGGCAUGUAGGAAUUACUUCCGAGUAAACGCCUGCUAACUCAUUACAUAAAAGGACCAGCCACCCGAGAGGACGAGAUCAGACUCUACUUUUCAAAUUUUGAGAAGGGACGAAUAAACAUGAAUCUUUUUACUCACAUCAACACAAAGAAUAUCUUUUCUGCAACUAAUAUGUCUGGUCUAUCUGGCAAGUUCGAGGAUCAACUGAACUUAAGCAGUAAUUCUCCUUCAAUGUCAAUAAGUAAGCUUUUUCCAGCUUUGUUACAAUGCUUUGGCAUUAUCCUUUGUGGAUAUAUAGCUGGAAGAGUUAAUAUAAUUACAUCCACUCAGGCCAAAGGAUUAGGAAAUUUUGUCUCCCGCUUUGCACUCCCAGCUUUACUCUUCAAAAAUAUGGUCUUGCUGAAUUUUUCCAACGUGAAUUGGUCCUUUCUGUACAGCAUCCUGAUUGCCAAAGCCUCAGUAUUCUUCUUAGUCUGUACAUUAACAUUGUUGAUAGUCACUCCUGAAAAACGAUUUAGCAAAGCUGGACUCUUUCCUAUUUUUGCUACUCAGAGCAACGACUUUGCACUGGGAUAUCCUAUAGUUGAAGCUUUGUAUCAAAAUACAUAUCCAGAGUAUCUCCAGUACAUUUACCUGGUUGCACCAAUAUCACUUAUGAUGCUAAACCCCUUAGGGUUUAUCUUCUGUGAAAUCCAGAAAUCAAAAGACAAUCAGAAUCUCUCUCAUAGCAAAAUGAAGAUCGUAGGACUCGGGCUUCUUCACGUAUUGCAGAAUCCAAUUGUGUUUAUGGUCUUCAUAGGAAUUGCCUCCAACUACAUCCUUAAACAAACGAUUCCUUUAUAUUUGGAAAACUUCCUUGACAGUCUUGCCAAUUCAUUUUCUGGCUCAGCUCUUUUUUACCUGGGUCUCACCAUGGUUGGCCAAAUAAAGAAACUGACAAGGGGUACAUUUGUUGCACUGAUUCUUCUCAUCACAGCUAAACUACUGUUGAUGCCCCUUCUAUGCAGGGAAAUGGUGGAAUUGUUAGACAAGAGCCAGAGUUUGGUGAACCAUACCAGUUUAUCCAACUAUGCAUUUCUCUAUGGAGUCUUUCCAACAGCUCCGGGUGUGGCUAUAUUUGCAACACAGUUUAACAUGGAAAUAGAAGUUAUAACUUCUGGAAUGGUGAUCAGUACUUUUGUGUCUGCUCCCAUCAUGUAUGUUUCCGCAUGGCUAUUGACCAUUCCUUCUAUGGAUCCAGACAGAUUGGCUGCAGCAAUUCAGAACGUUAGCUUCGAUAUUAGCAUUGUUAGUCUGGUCUCUUUGAUCUGGUCCCUCGGGGUUAUUCUUCUGAGUAAAAAAUACAAGCAGCUUCCUCAUAUGCUUACAACUAACUUGCUCAUUGCUCAGUGUGUGGCCUGUGUUGGAAUGGUAAUGUGGAAUUUCACUAUAGAGAAGAAAAGCAUCUUUGUGCAGAUUCUUGUGUUCAUUCUCCUGUACUGUUCCCUUUAUAGUGCUUUUCUGUGGACAGGCCUUUUAGCUCUUUCUCUUCUCCUUUUGAAAAGAAGGGAAAACCUAAAGAUUCCUGUUGGAAUUAUUACUAUAGCUGGCUGGGGCAUCCCAGUGGUCAUUGUUGGAAUUCUUCUAAUGGCUGGAAAACACACUGGUGAAAUUGACUCAGCAUUUUUUUAUGGGAAACAUCAGGUGAUUACUACUGCAGUAAUCGUAACCAUCAGCAUAUUGUUCUCGGGUGUGUCACUCAUGUGUAUGAACCGAUCUGGGACAGCAGGGGCUAAUUAUGAGGUUCUAAACCAGCAAUUUCAACAUCAAGUAGAAGAACCCGAAAGGGAAGCGAAUCAACACUAUAAACCUUCCUCCAGUGUCUCUCAUUCUGAAACAGAUUCUCCCACGGAAAGAGAGAACCUUGUAGAGUUCUACACAUGUCAAAAACAAAAUGGAGAAUUAUGCUGCUCUGAAGAAGAAUCUGCAUGUAGUACUGGACUCAGUGAGAAUUGUUCUUUCUCAGUUGAGACAGCAAACCGGUGUUUGAGUCCAUGCAGUUCUCAGAGGUGUGUCCUGGCUCAGGAAGAACAGCUGCUGCAAACUGGAGACCAACAGCUGGCCAGACAUGUGCUGUUGUGCCUGCUUCUCAUUGUGGGCCUUUUUGCUAACCUAUCAAGCUGCUUGUGGUGGUUAUUUAACCAAGAGCCUGGGAGACUCUAUGUGGAACUGCAGUUCUUCUGUGCUGUAUUUAAUUUUGGUCAGGGAUUCAUUUCUUUUGGAAUGUUUGGUUUAGACAAGCAUCUAAUUAUUCUUCCAUUCAAAAGGAGGCUUGAAUUCCUUUGGGGUGCUAGAACUGUGGAACAGAGGGAAUCAUCUGUCCCGGAAGAGAUUCGGAUGACAUGCCAACAGUUUGUUAGUUACCACAGAGACAUGUGUAUGAGAAGCAUUGUCCAGGAUAGAAGGUGUGGCACAAAGACAGUGACUGGAGUCUUCUUCGGCUGUGAUCUGGUAAACUGGCUUUUGAAAGUUGGCCUUGCCUUGGACCACGGGGAAGCUGUAGUGUAUGGAGAGAGGCUGAUGAAAGGUGGCAUCAUCCAACAUAUUACCGAUGACUUUGAAUUUCGGGAUGAGCGUUUGCAUUACCAUUUUACCGCUACGACAACUGCAAUACAGGACAGCCAAGGGAAUGAAGAUGCCCGUGGGAGCUAGCCAAGACCAGACCCUCCUACUUGCAUCUAAUGCACGCUUUUUGAGAUCCUUUUGCUUAUAGUGUGGCCGUGUUGAUCUCAAACCCAAAGAGGAGUAUGUCUUGCAAUCUGAAGGUUGACUAAGAUGAGUUGCUUCAGGGAAUUAUUUCAAAUUGGGAAAGGCGUGUAACAGGCUUUAUUUUUUGAAACAGUACUUUUUAAAAAAUAUAUAAAAUUUUCUUUCCUUGCCUGUACAGACAGUACUGUAGACAAAAUAACUCAUUGUUAUCAUGUGAUGUAAGUUUUUUUUUUUAAAAAAGGGAACAGUAGAUCAUUUUGAUGUAUGCAGUUCUUGUUUUAACAGUUCUCUUAUUUGUACUGACAAAAUAACUGAAGAUUGCUGUGUUAAAGGAGAAAUCAGCAAAUGAAUUUUGCUGUUCAUCCUAAUCCUUAUAUGAAUAAGCCAGUUUUAAUUUUUAAAGCAUACAGGUCUGUUUAUCAGUCUGUUUAAAUCUGAAUGUGAUUUAAAGCAUCAUAAUUGUGAGCAGGACUUCUUGUUCAAGCAUAAUUUGUUUCAUUUUUUCCCUUGGUUCAUUGUUAAAUAAUUGGCACAAGACUACCAAAAAUGGACCAAUUUAUUUUACAGACUGCAAUCAGUUGGAGUCUGUAGAUGCCAUAUAUAUUUUGUACUUAAUAAUACCAAAUUACUAUAUUUUAAAAUGUCAAAUUGUACUUGAGUACUACUCUUGAUAUGCAAAUUAAAGAACUUGAAUUGACUUCUUGUUAAAUUUUAAUUUUGCAAUACAAAUUUUUAGGUAUUCAUAGGAAUUUGUGUGUGUGUAAAACUAGUAAGGUUUCACCACAAAAGUAAUAUAUUUUUAAAUGCGUAUGUUUAUCAAAAACUCUGGUAAUUUUUUUAAUUCUUAAGCCGCAUUGUAGAAUAAUAGGAAGGCAUGAACAUCUUAUUGGCCUUUUUAAAGUUAAGAAGAAUGCUUAAAUAUUUUUUCUGAAAGUGGUUCAUCAACAAUAUUGUUAGAAGAAGCAAUUUGUCAUGUUUCUUCAACUAUUAAGAAGACUUGUCGAUUAUCUUUAUCUAACCACUAUUUUUUUUACCAGAUGCAUUUAUGUAUGGAUAUAUUUUAUCUUUAUACAAAUGUGGAUUAUAUUUGAAAGCUGGGGUUAUUAAAAUUAUGGCUAUUAGUUUUUAAAGAAUUAACACUAUAACACCCCCAAAAUAACAAAUCUUUUCAUAUUCACAAUCUUAUGACAUAAAGAAGUGGGGGGGGGGGGUUAGUUGUUUUUUUACUAUCAAUUAUAUCACAUGAAUUGAAAUACUGCCAAGAUUUCUUCUAUAUUGUAUAAAAAAGGCUAUCUUCCAAAACAGGGGGGGGGGGGGUAUAUAAAGUCUUCCUUGUAAGUUGAUCUACUCUGAAAUGAAAAGCAUGCUGUAUUACAAAACCCAAUUAUUCUUUUUUUUAAAAUUGGAAAGAGUUGUGGAGAAACACGUUCUUGAAAGUAUCAGAUUGAUUUUCUUGCUGUUCCAGUUACUCAAUAAAUACAGCUGUCCUGACUU